AUGGAGCACACACCAGCAAUAGGACUGGUUCUUUUCCUGGCAUUAAGUCUGGACCUGCUACAGGUCAAUGGCCUGGGAUCUAAUCGGGAAGCCACAGAAAUACAUCCACCGACUUCCUCAGACAUCAAUGCUGGCCGUUGCUCCUACACGUUCAUCGUCCCCCAGCAAAAGUUAUCCGGAGCGUUGUGCUUAGACAUGAAAACCGCCGCCAACCAGUCGGAGGUAGUCGCGCUGCGGGCCGAGUUGAAGCGGCAGCAGGAUCAGCUGGAGAGCCUGCAGAAACUGCUGGAGCACGAGGGCAGUUUUGUCACCGAAAUGAGAAUCCUGCGCAAGGAGAGUAGCAGCAUGAACUCCAGGAUCGCUCAGCUCUACAGCCAGCUCCUGCAGGAGAUCAUCCACAAGAAGGACCAGACCUUGGAGCAGCGCAGGGUGGAGAACCUCCUGCUUAAUGCCACAGCGCAUGCACUGCAGGUUUCCAGCAACUUCAGAGAACUGGAGAAAAAGUAUGGCACUCUCACCUCCAUGAUGAGCUCCCAAAGCCAACUGAUUGCCCGCCUGGAAAAUCAGUGCCAAUGUAAGGAUGACUCUCAAUCUGAUAUGGUACCGACGCAGCCGCUCGAAAUUCAAUCUGGCCCGCUGGUUAAUGACAGCUCUGGAAUCAUGAACCAUCUUCAAAGGGAUCAAAGUGCAGUGCAGCAAGACAACCCCUUGGAAGAGUUUCGUACUCCCAGCACCCCCGCUAGUCCUCCAACAGUCCAGCCUGUCAUUAGCUUCCCUGUUACUAAGACACCAGGGCCGUGGCGGGACUGCCAACACGUGCUGGAAUCUGGCGAGACGACCAGCGGUAUCUACCUGCUUCGCUUGCAGAGCGCCAACCGACUUCUGCAGGCCUGGUGUGAACAGAAUUACGCUCAGGGAGGUUGGACGGUUAUCCAGAGGAGGCAGGACGGCUCAGUUAACUUCUUCAGGACCUGGGAACUGUAUAAGCAAGGUUUUGGGAACUUAGAUGGAGAGUACUGGCUUGGCCUGGAGCACCUGUACUGGCUGGCCAAACAGGGCAAAUACAAGCUGCGUGUGGUUCUGAACGACUGGCAGGGCCGUCAGGUGUUUGCAGAGUACGACAGCUUCCGUCUGGAGUCAGAGAGCGACUGGUACCGACUGCGCUUAGGCCAGUACCGCGGCAACGCCGGGGACUCGCUGUCAUGGCACAACAACAAAGCCUUCACCACUCUAGAUCGGGACAAAGACGGCUACACAGGUAACUGCGCCCACUACCAGAAAGGAGGCUGGUGGUACCACAUGUGUGCCCACUCCAACCUUAACGGCGUGUGGUAUCGGGGCGGCCACUAUCGUAGCCGAUACCAGGACGGUGUAUACUGGGCGGAAUUUCACGGAGGCUCCUACUCACUCAAGCGUGUCCUCAUGAUGGUCAAGCCAGUAUAG